GAUGCAUUGUUUCGCGCUACAGUUCUAUGUGUCGUAUUCAGUUAAUGAGCGUUAUUUUUGUAACAACACCUCGUUCUUCUUUGUUUUAAGAAGCUGGCUAAUUGUCAUAGAAACCAGGAAUUUAUAUGGACAACAGCGCAGAAUACACACCAGAAUAUUACUAAAGCUCCGUGAUAUGUGUUGAUCAAUUUCAAGUCUUGGAAGGUCCUUAUAUUCACUGAUCAUUCUACACAAGUCACAGAGAAGUUGAAGCAAGCUGCGCGAAAAUGAACAAACUCAAGGAAAACAAACUCUCCAUCACCAUGAAAGAAGCGCUUGCGCGAAACUCCCUUGCUGAGAACAAAAUGAAGGCGAGUGUAAACGCCAUCAGCACUGACAGUAAAAAAAGUCUGCAAAAUUUGGAGUUUUAUAAACAGAAGUACGAAAAACGGCAGAGAGAGCUGCAAAACGAAAAACAACGAAUGUUGCAUUGGGGAUCCGGCGAUGAAAGAAAGAUUUCAGCUCCAGCGUGCAUGGUAACAGUUGUUGAUGUAUCAACUGGUGAAUUGAUAACCGAUUCUCAAAGAGUAUCGAGCGCAACUUCCAGAGAGCGAUCUUUGUCGAUGAGUGCUAAAUUACCUUCUCUAUUGGGAGACGUAAUCGGCAGGAAGUCACCAGAUCCAGUGGGUAACACAAAGCAAGGCGGACUUACACUUCCAGUAAUUGGCCCCCAACGAAGAUAUUCAGCGACAAUCUUGACUGGCACACCAUCUUCUGGUUUGAUUGUUCCAACCAUGCAGGCAAAUGACGGACAAACCAGAUCGGCGCCGAGCUCGCCAUGUGCAAUUCGUAGAAAGCUAGUUCGACCUUCAUCUGCAAAAAACAGCAUUUUAAAAACUCCUCCAUCGAGGGAGUUGGAUGGAAUACUCUCUCUUCUGGAUAAAGUGCGCGAAAAACAGGUACCGGAUUUGGAAGAAGCCAUGGCCUUAUUAAGAGAGCAGCGCUGGUUAGAACAAAAAAGAUCGGCAGAGGAGACCGCAGAAAAGGAGGAAAAACUCGUCAAGAAAUCUGGUGCAAGUCCCGAUGAGGCCCCGGACGAUCCUAGUAGUAGAAAGAUCUCUAUUCCUGGAACUGCAUUUACUUCAACACCUGUUGUCUCUGAACAACCGGCUAAGAAUAGCUAUGAUGUGACAACGUUGGAAGAAAGUUUUCACAAAGUUAAAUUUUGCAAAUAUCUUCGAACACCAUCUCUGCCUGACGAGGAAGAAAAACUACCUGAUGAACUGAUACCGAAAAGCUUAAUAGUGGGGCACACACAGUGGUUACCAGGAGACUCUAGAGCCACUCAUCGCAACUGAACCGCUGAGGUUUCAGACGUUUAAUGUUCUAUAAAGACUCUGAUUAUGAAGGUGCCGAUUAUUAAGACGCCAGUGCGAGACUGAGUUGUGAGGCUGAGUUUGAGGUGUCAUGAUUAGAUUUCAAAUUUUCCAUACGUUAAAACUUAGUACAGAUGAGUUCGAGGAAGAAGAUGAAUCUUGUAAAAGUUUCCUAUUGCUUUCGUGAGCUAACGCAUCCUUUUCAAUUUUUAACCAUUGCUAAACGGAUGCCAUCAAUACGCGUGUGAUUUAUAUAUUUUUGAUUUGAUCGAAUACUCGCCAAGAAUAUGAAGAGUGAGAGUAAUAUACUUCAAAAACAUACUAAGCACGACACCACGACACCAGGGACUGAGAGCUACAACACUGUUACAUUGUUACCCUUAUAACUUGCUAUGACGAUUUACAUAAUUGAAUGUUACUGCAUCUUUGAACCAACUCUAAGUCUGCUCUUGAAACAUUGCAUGAGAGUUUCAAGGAAAUUCUGAAUUACAGUUCACUGUUGGAUAAUGAUUCACAAUGGUUGUGUCCUUUAAGACUGUAUGUAAAAAGAAUGACAUGUAAAUAUUGCGCAUGAUGCAACUUGUACUUGCUAUAUCAGAGA